AUGAAGUUCUUCGCCACUGCCGCUGCCUUCCUCGCCACCGCAGCCAUGACUGUCUCUGCCAUCCCGCUGAUCCACGCCAGCUACAGAUUUGCUCCUACCAAGGACGCCUCGCUUGGCCUCAGCCAGAAAAACUACAACACGACCUUGGGUACGGAAAAGACGAUCUACUCGUCAAACAAGCCCGACGAUGUCCACCAGAUUCUGCUCGGCUUUACAAUGCCGGAUGAGGCGCUGACCAUGCCGUUCUUUGAAAUCCCACAGAGCGCCCCGGCCACGAUCUGGGCCAUUCGCGGCGAGGGCGAGUGGGACCAGGCUACCGUCACCGGUGCGCACCAGCCUGCCAAGGUCGGCCUCGAUGUCACCUACAUGUGUGUGGAUGCUGCACAGAAGGGAGCCGACAUUUCCAUCUUUGUUGCCAGCCUCGACUCGCCGUACACUGGCACUUCCAUCGAGGGUGGCCGCCCUGCGACGCUAGAGGUCGGCGUUCUGUUCCAGCACAACUAA